AGUGGGAUUAAGAAGCAUGUGGGUAUUAUAGGGAGAUAAAUCGGUGUGCAAAGAUCCUUUAUUCAUCUCCUGUGAAGAAGGCAACUGGACAGUUUAUGAGAGCAACAUUCAACUCUGAGUCCGAAAGAGAACCACCAGACACCCAAGGACAUCAGAAUGAGUGACAACACUGCUUUGGCUCCUCCAGCUUCAAACCAGGGUCCCACUACCCCACGCAAAGGGCCCCCCAAGUUCAAGCAGAGGCAGACUCGCCAAUUCAAGAGCAAACCUCCUAAGAAAGGGGUGAAAGGGUUUGGAGAUGACAUUCCAGGCAUGGAGGGGCUAGGAACAGAUAUCACGGUGAUUUGCCCCUGGGAGGCGUUCAGCCACCUGGAAUUGCAUGAGCUUGCUCAGUUUGGGAUCAUCUGAUGCACCUGAGGUUCUGCCACUUUCAACAGCAUCUGCUGUAAUUUUGCUUACUUUUGCCCUAUUGAUCUGCCAGAGUCUUGAAAUUCAGCUGUUCGGAAGUGGUUUCUUCAGCUUACACAGUCAUUUCCCCCUAAAUUGCUAUGAAGAGUUCUGUUGGUGUGAGAUUCUCUCUUGCCCUAUAUAGUUCAGCUCAGAACGGUGGAUGCAAAUAGACUUUUGUUAGGACACUUCAAAUUUCCUAUCAGCUGGUUAGAAUUCAGUGAUAGAUUCUUGAAAUUUUGUUUAUCUGUUAAGUCCUUCAAAUGUAGUUUUUACCAGGCAGUCCCUACAAUUAAUAGUAGUUUUUAAGAUAACAUUUUUGUCACCCCCCUUCCCCGUCUCAUUUAAUAAAGGAGAUAGUUACCUUGAAUCUUAUGAUGAAGUCGUAUUAAAUGCUAUAUGCAAAUAUCUGAUGCCCUCUUCUGAAAGUCAGUUCAGCAAACAGGGCACAGUCGUACAGGAAAUAAACACAAUGCAUGCAAAAGAGCAUAAGAAUAAAGUCAAGUUCUGAUUCCACUUUGUAACUUGUAAAUCGUACAUUUUCUGUGUCUAAAUUUGGAGACGGAAACUCAGGAAUCUGUUAGCGUGAACCUUCCUUUUAGUGACCUGGCUCAGUUGAUUGAAAAUAUUUAUAUGCUACGGAAUUUAGACUCAGAUGGGACAGGUAGUUGAACCCUCUGAAUAAAAUGAUGGUUUGCUUCA